GCCUUUUAUUUAGUUUCCGCGCUGGAACUGAAACCUCAUCUCUACUUGCUACCAGUCACAUGUUAAUUUAUCUACGUAACGGUAUUUAUGCUUUCCCUGUGAUAGUCCUUCCACAGCAAACCACAGCCUCGCCGGAUAAACGUUGAUCCGCCGUCUUCCUCGCAUCACCAAAUUCCUCUCUCCAUCAGAAGCAUAUGCCAGACAAUGCCACGAAGCGAAUAUGAAUGAAGAUGAUCGCUACCGUACCUCUAGCCAGUACAGGUACUGGUCCUAUACUCCUGCUGGAUUGGCAGAUCUGCGCUCAAAGACAAACAAGUUAGCAAUAGAGCGAGUUAGAGCAGCUAUUGCCCGGGUUCAGGCCAGUCGUGCGGCGUCAACAUCACAAAAUGCCAGCUCCGAAACGAGCGAAGCUGAGCGUAGUGGCACUCCAGCUGUCACUGCAGCCAGCGAGGUAAACUUUCUCACUUCAGAUGAGGAGUUGAAGCUCGUACGCUUCUUCUGCCAGCAAGCUCUCCAGCUCGGCGACCACCUCAACCUACCCACAGACGUCAAGGCAACGGCAAUCCAAUACCUCAAGCGCUUCUACCUUACCAACAGCACGAUGACCUACCCCCCAGCAGCAAUCCUCAAGACCUGCCUCUUCCUCGCCACAAAGACCGAGAACCACUACUACCGUCUCACCAAAUUCGCCGACGCGAUUGGCAAGACGACGCCCGAAGACGUCCUCGCCUCCGAGUUCCUCCUCACCCAAGCCCUGCGCUUCACAUUCGACGUGCGCCAUCCCUUCCGCGCCCUCGAGGGCGCAGCCAUGGAGCUACAGGCCCUUGCCAACGGCUCCGCGCCUGUGCUUCCAGGCAUAGACAAUGCAGAAAUACCACCCGAGCUGGGCGAUGUAGCGGCGCGGGUGCGCGAUGCUCACGGCAACGCGCGCGAACGUCUCAAGACAUCCGCCCUGCUCACUGAUGCGUAUUUCCACUUCACACCGUCUCAGAUCAUGCUGGGAUCGUUAUUACUCGCGGAUGCGGAGCUGACAAGGUGGUUUAUGACAGUCAAGUUGCCAUCUGCCCCACUUCUCGAGCGCGUGAUGGAGACACUUCGUGUCUGUGCCGAUAUGCUAGUUGCAGUACCGCCUGAUUCGCAGCCAGGGGAGGCGGAGAUGCGAGAGCUCAAGGGGCUGGCGAAAAAGCUGAAUCGGUGCAGGGAUCCGGAGAAGGCGGAUCUGGUGGGGCUGCGGAGGGCCAAGCGGGAUGGGGAUGGGGAGGAAGAGUUGCGGAAGGCGAAGAAGCGGAAGCUGGAGAGGGAGAAGGUGCAGAAGGAAGGGGAGGAUCUGUUUGGACCUGCAUUGGUCAAGCGGGAUGUCUGAGGAAUUGGCUGUGAGGAGGCAUGAUGGGCAUUGAAUUUUUUGAUUAAGCGGGAGUUCAGGGGAUGGAUGGGAGGCGUAACGGAGAGGCGUCACUGAAUGGGGUAGACGUGUUCUAAAUACAAGUCUAAAAUCGAUUAUCGAUUGACCCCCUGCUAAGUGCCGAUGGGAUCGCAAAAUCAUUAGGGUGAUGCUUGGGGGCGCCCCCGGUAUCCUAAGCCUGUCCGAAUCCCUCCCAUGACCAACGGUAACACGGUAUGCUAAUAUUUAGUAUUUAGUGCUCCUUACGUUAAGGCUAAUUAAUGACCGUACACCUCAAUGUCGCGAGUAUGUAUGUACGGGAGAAAUGGGCGAAUCAAGCCCACAAUCUAGUUAUCAUAGUCAUAGGUCAUAGUACUGUAAUAAUUAG